AUGGAGGCGAAGAAGAGCCUGACGCCGUCUGCGCUGGUGCUGGCGCUGGCGCUGGUUGCAUGCACGGCCUCAUGGGCCAUUCCGGCGGCCGCGCGGGAUCCCUUCGGUGACCUCUCCGGCACAGGUGAGAGUCCACCGUUGCGUCGACUUCGUUGCCAUUUUCCCGCCUGACUCUGGCUGGUCUCCCGCCCUGAAGGCACGGGGAGGCGGGCGUCCGGCGCGCUGGAGUGCUGCGACUUGUGCAUCUGCGGGUUUACUUGGUGCACCUGCGGCGACCGGACCGAGAACUACUGCAACCCCGGAUGUAAGCGUUGCCAAUCUGACUUUAGCAGCUGGCCGCCUUACAUUUGUGCCGACACGCUACACUACUGCCCCGACCGUUGCGGCUACGUAGCGGCCGGCUCCGCCCAGGGGAACCGCGCGACGACGGCUUCGCUUAAUGCUGGAAGCUCAGACGAAGAGAACUUGGGCGUGGGCUCAGCAGCCUGA